AUGAGGAGCAUUUUCUUCUCCUUGAUUGUCGUCGUCGGUUUCCUUUACUGCUUUGCUCAGCUGAGCAAUGCAGCCAUACCAUGUAGCACAGUGGACAUGAAGGCUGCGUCAUGCAUCAAUUACGCGACCGGGAAGGAAGCAACUCCUUCGAAACCGUGCUGCCUCGGGCUGCAACAGCUUGCUCAGAGCGUGAAGGCGGUAGACGACAAGAAAGCCAUCUGCAGGUGCCUUAAACAAGGAGUCAAGAACUUCGCCGGAGUGCAGGACAGGUACCUGAGCAAGAUUCCUACUGCUUGCAACAUCAAAGUUGGCUUCCCUGUUUCCCUCAACACAGACUGUGAGAAGCUGCACUGAGAUUCCUUGGAAAUGAUCAAAGGGUUGGUAGGAAGCUAGAAGAAGCUGUAUUGAAUAAAACUGCACUGUACUCUGUAGGGAAUAUUGCUAGAAUGCUCCUCUAUGGAGUCAAUAAUUAUUAUACAUCCUUGUGAGGUCUCACAAACUUCUCCUAGUAAAAGUAUUGCAAGAAUAAAAGAAUUUUGAGUA